AAAAGCGGAGGUGCGCGCACUGACUUCUGCAUUCUUAAAAAGGAGCUUGGAGGAUCGCUAUAUCCACCAUUAGACUCACCCUUAACCACCAUUGGCUAUCAUGCUGCGAGUGAGGUGCCUGAGAGGAGGGAGCAGGGGGGCCGAAGCCGCCCAUCUGAUCGGAGCCAUGCUGGGCCGUGCGGCAACUGGAUGGGUGCAGAGGGCUUUCCAGAGCACCUCCAGUGCUGCAGCUGCUCAAACACAGCCGGCGGUUGAAGACGACCAUGUUACUGACCCUGCACAGCAUGACUGUCCUGUUUCCAGCUACAAUGAAUGGGACCCGCUUGAGGAGGUCAUUGUGGGCCGUGCUGAAAAUGCCCGCGUACCUCCCUUCACUGUGGAAGUAAAAGCUAACACAUAUGAGAAGUACUGGUCCUUCUACCAGAAGUACGGGGGCCAAUCCUUUCCUGCGGACCACUUAAAAAAAGCUGUUGCUGAGAUUGAAGAAAUGUGCAAUAUUCUGCGUCAUGAGGGCGUCAACGUGAGGAGGCCAGAGCCUAUCGAUUGGUCGCUGGAAUAUAAAACUCCAGACUUCCAGUCAUCAGGCAUGUAUGCUGCCAUGCCCCGAGAUAUCCUCAUGGUGGUUGGGAAUGAGAUCAUCGAGGCUCCAAUGGCGUGGAGGGCUCGCUUCUUCGAGUACAGAGCAUACCGACCUUUAAUCAAGGAGUAUUUCAAAAAAGGUGCUAAAUGGACCACUGCUCCAAAACCUACUAUGGCUGAUGAGCUGUAUGACCAGGACUACCCGAUUCGCACAGUGGAGGACAGACACAAGCUGGCUGCUCAGGGCAAAUUUGUGACCACGGAGCAUGAGCCCUGCUUUGACGCUGCUGAUUUCAUCCGUGCAGGGAAGGACCUCUUUGUCCAGAGAAGUCAGGUUACAAACUACAUGGGAAUCGAGUGGAUGCGCCGUCACCUGGCCCCAGACUACAAGAUCCACAUCAUCUCGUUCAAAGACCCUAACCCCAUGCACAUCGAUGCUACUUUCAACAUCAUCGGACCAGGGCUGGUACUGUCAAACCCUGAUCGUCCAUGUCGUCAGAUCGACAUGUUCAGGAAGGCUGGCUGGACUGUUGUGAAACCUCCAACACCUCUGAUUCCCGAUGACCACCCUCUCUGGAUGUCAUCCAAAUGGUUGUCUAUGAAUGUUCUGAUGCUGGAUGAGAAGCGCGUCAUGGUCGAUGCCAAUGAAGCCACCAUUCAGAAAAUGUUUGAGAACCUCGGUAUAAAGACCAUAAAGGUGAACAUUCGCCAUGCCAACUCGCUGGGUGGCGGCUUCCACUGCUGGACAACUGAUGUCCGCCGCCGUGGUACACUGCAGUCCUACUUCCACUAGCCUGGCCAGAAACAGACAGUUUUUAUUGAGCUUUAAAAAGAUUAAAGCCUCUGUCCGGAAUUGUAAUUUCACUGCAAAGUUUGGAUCUAUUUACCUAGUGUGUCUAACCACAUUAGAUUAACAACAUCUUUUAUUUACAAGAAAAUUGCAUAUGAGUGUUCAAUGAGUGAAAAUUAUGCUCAUUUACAAAAAGAGUUGGUGCCAACGUUGUUUUCCGGAUUGGGUCUUUAUUAACUUAAUGAACAGGAAUGUAUUGUUUUGGUUUGACAUCGCUGUGCAUUACAGUGCCUUUGCAGACAGCUUUCUUUUGAUUUACACUAAGCAAAGACUUUAUUAGAUACACUUUAAUACGAUCUCACACAUUGACUCUCCCGAUACAAAGAUAAUGGUAUUCAUUGAACAUUUUGAGGUAAUAGUUUGUGUUGGUAUUGAUAACCGAUAGCAAAAUUGAUGCAUUGAAUAGUGUACCUAAUAAAGUGUCCAUUGGGUGUGUAUGCUUCGUAGCGACAAAUGAAUAUCACGAUCCCUUCCCUUCAAUCAACCAUCUCAAUAUUAACUGCAUUUCUGGCCUGGCUAUUGUUUUCAUCAUCAUUAUGAGGACAAGGUACAGUUUGGUAUGUGAAUGUCAUCAAACUAGGGCACAGGAGGAAGGGUACCACCUUCUUUUCAGAAACCACACUUCUGUCUUUUUCCAAAGUAUUUUAUAUCUUAAGAAAUGUCUUAAAAAGUUGUUAAGUAGGUCAUUAAACAUGAAUAAUUUCUUUUCACUGGAACAUUAUUUUGUAAAGAUUUUAAUGGAUUGGACAAAGUUCUAUUUAUAUUUGUCUUUUUUUUUUCAUUAUUGGAUUUCCCGACAAUUCAUGUUUUUAUAUAUUUACAGUCCAUAUCAGAUAUUGUAUACCUUUUGCCUCUGCUGUUUUCUCUUGUCGCAAAACUGGGCCAGUUACGUGCUGCAAGUCAUUCUCACUGAAACACUUGGCUGUUUUUGUUUGCACAGCAGAAAUGCCUACAGAAUGAGGAGAGAAAUGCGUUAUUUUGUAAUUCCUUUGUUGCAUUUGCAGUAGGAUACAGUAAAAGUGUGUGCAUGUGUUUGCCUCCUGAUGUCUGCUGUGACUGGAGGGCAGUUAUGAGGAAAGCAAGUGCUGUUUUGUAUUGUGCAACAUUAAUAAAUGUAAUUUAAAA